UCAUUUUUCUCAGUUUGCAUAAAACGUUACUGAUUCUAGAUUGUGUACAUUAUUUAUGCUUCCUUAGUUUAUCAGGAUGCAAUACAAAGCAACACCUUCCUGUCCUGACUGUAGAUAGGAACUUCCUUCCAAGUAAUACAUGGUGAAUUGGCUUGUAGCUCUUAUGAAUGGAAGCUGCCAGAGACUGAAGCUGAGGCACACAAGGCAGGGAUCAGGCUGUAGAGAUAAAGCAGAGCUGUGCUACAAAUAGGAGCGAGUGGAGUGCAGUGGAGAGCACAGACACAGAUUGAAGUUGUUCUGCCUGGAGGUGAGGCCUUUGCCUGUGUCCUGUGUUUUCUCAGAGAUUCCAGCCACUGUAUUGUUUUUCUUCAGGAGGCAAUCAGCACAUACAAGGAAGAUGUUUUUUGAUUAGAACAAUAUGUAAGACAAGACUUUGCAAAGCUUCACCAGAUUCAGCAAGUAAAGGAACAACAUCUCAUCCAGGAACUUAAUAAUGAAGAAGCAAAACAUUCUGAAUGAAAUGGAAGGAUGCCUGGAACGCGUUAAACAUGAUAUUAUUGCUUCCCAGAUGGCAAUGUCUGCUGUUACCGUGGAGCUCAAGAAAGAAAAAGAAGAAACUGCGAAAGUGACGGAAGAACAUUUUGAAGCCAUUGAAAAUGAUGUUAAGGCCACUCCAGAGAUGUUAUACAAUAACUUGAAACUUGUACAACAGGAGCAGUCUCAUCCUGGGAUUCAGAAACCUUCUCCAUGUAUUGGUCGAAAGUCAUGUGGGACGAGGGGAUUGCUAACAGUACCUGAAACCUUUGAGGAUGUUGUUGUCAGUUUCUCAGAAGAGGAGUGGAACAUGUUAGAAAAAGAUGAGAAGGAGCUUUACAGGGAAACGAUGCUCAAUAACUAUGAAACCAUGGUUUCAGUAGGAUACAGAAUCCCUAAAAAGAAGUUAUUACUGUUAUUAAAAACAGAUGAGCUACCAGAAGGUGAUGUGGAGGGGGAAAAUAGCAGAGAACAGAAGGAUAGUAUUGAAGGUAAUCUUCAUGGUAACAAAAACGCAGAUUGUAGAAGGGGUUGCAGCCAGCAGCCAUCACUUGGGCCAUUUGAAUUAUAUCGUCCAGGAGAGAAUCUGAAGCAGAGGGCUCAGCCUGUAAAGGGGUAUAAGAAGUCUCACUUCACUCAUGUGAGACAACAUCUCUCAAAACAUAAGUGUAGCAAGAGCUCUGAACGUGACAGUCUGGGAGCUUACACAGAGAAGAAACCAUAUAAAUGUACUGAAUGCACUAAGUGUUAUAAAUACAAGUCACAACUAAAAUACCAUCAAAGCUAUCACACGGGCAACAAACCUUAUAAAUGUACUGAAUGCACUAAGUGUUUUUUAUACAAGUCACAACUAAAAUACCAUCAAAACUAUCAUACAGGCAACAAACCUUAUAAAUGUACUGAAUGCAAUAAGAGUUUUUUAUACAAGUCAAACUUAAAAUGCCAUCAGAGCUCUCACACAGAUGAAAAACCAUAUAAAUGUACUGAAUGCAGUAAGGGCUUUAGACGCCUCCGCAAUCUUGAAAACCAUCGUGCUGUUCACACAGGUAACAAACCAUAUAAAUGUGCUGAAUGUGGUAAGGGCUUCUCACAGUUUAGUACUCUUCGAAUCCAUUGUUCUGUUCACACAGGAGAGAAACCAUAUAAAUGUCCUGAAUGCAGUAAGUGUUUUCGACUAAAGGAAGCCUUGAAAACCCAUCAGCGCUCACACACAGGAGAGAAACCAUAUACAUGUGCUGAAUGUAAUAAGUGUUUUAGACAUGUCGGUAGUCUUCAGCGCCAUCGUGCCACUCACGUGGAAGAGAAGCCAUAUAAAUGUGUUGAAUGCGGUAAGUGUUUUCAGUUAAAGGCACAACUCAAGCAGCACCAAAACAUUCACAUAGAGGAGAAACCUUAUAAAUGUGCUGAAUGUAGUAAAUGUUUUCGACUAAAGGAAGCCUUGAAAACCCAUCAGCGUUCACAUACAGGAGAGAAACCAUAUACAUGUGCUGAAUGCAGUAAGUGCUUUAGGCAUGUCGGUAGUCUUCUGCGCCAUCGUGCCAUUCACGUGGAAGAGAAGCCACAUAAAUGUGUCAUGUGUGGUAAGUGUUUUCGAUUAAAGGCACAACUGAAACAGCACCAAAACACGCACAUAGGCGAGAAACCUUAUAAAUGUACUGUGUGCCGUAAGUGUUUUGCAGUUCUCUCAGCUCUUCAGCAGCAUUAUGCCAUUCACAUGCAUGAGAAGCUAUAUAAAUGUGAUGAAUGCAGCAAGUGUUUUAAACAAAAGUCACACCUAAGAUAUCAUCAGUACUCUCACAGAGGGGUGAAACCUUAUAAAUGUACUGAAUGCAGUAAGAGUUUCAUAUAUCCCAGCAGCCUUAAAAGCCAUUGUUUCACUCACACAGGAGACAAGCCAUAUAAAUGUACUGAAUGCAACAAGUGUUUUACACAGUCUUCUGGUCUUAGAAAGCAUCUUCGCAAACAUCAGACACUGAAACAAUACUAAUUCUUUGAACUCUAAUCCUGCCCUGACUUAGGAAUGGGGCCCAUUCCUGUUAUGGUAGUAGAAAUCCCAAGCAUUUGGAGAAAUUAAAAAGAGAGAGAGAGCAUGGAGGGAUAUAAUCAGCAAGAAAAGGAGAGUAGUUUUGCUGGAACUGAAUUCAUCCUCAAGUCUUGUUGAGUACCUUCAUGUAGUGGACCUUGUAUUUACAAAGCAACACUGAUAUGUAGUGAGUAUUUUAUAAGUCGUGGAGAAAGGUGGAUAAAAAAAAAGCAGGGUGCAUAGGUCCCAAGAUAGAAAGUGCACUCUCCCAGGGUACGUACUAGUGAUAGGCAGUGUAGAGUCCUUAAGACUUGGAAACAUUCCAAUCACAUGUCUACACGGUGUGGUAAAAGGAGGUAAUAGUCUACAAAAAAAAUGGACAUUCCUAGCCAGAGGCAUAGAAACAAUAAAGUGGACUGUUGAGGAUAAGAAAGAGGUUAUGCUCUGUUACUACAUGGGAUAUGUAGCAAGAGUGAGAAAGAAAUUAGAGGAAAGAGAGAUACUUGCACAAGAAAACCUGUUAAAAGCUGCAGAUCAAAAUCACAGAAAUUGUUGAAAUUGUUAAAAAGAAAGAAUAUUGGAAAUGAAAAGAAAUUUGGUGUGGUGUAAUCUUUAUGCAGAGAAGAAAGCUAAACUAAUUGGUACAGAAAUGCAACUCUAAACAUAUUUGAAGAGAAAUACAGGCAAGGGCACAUAGAUGUGAUACAUUCACAAUAAAAAAUACAAUCUUAAAAGUGGAAUGUAAUUAAUAAAAAAAAGUUUAUGAAGGUGGAAAUUAAACAAAUAGAAAUGUAAGUUGAUAGACUAACAGCAAAGCGAAGGAUUUACUGUAGAAACUCCAAUGCAGGCAGUAUUAUAAGGGCCAAUGAGUCCAGCAGAUGGAGAUGGAUGCAUCUCUGAAGAAGAUGUGCCGCACCUCAGUGUUCUGGAACCUUCUCUAAGAGACUUGUUGAAGGUCCAGUUAGAAUUACACAGCAAACAGAGCAAAUAGAGUGCUUUCAGUCUACAAGAGAAUGACUCAAGGGAAUAGCUGCUUGAUUUAACAGAUAUGGACAGCUGAAUAUGAAAGAAACAGAUUACAAAAAGUGACGUAAGACCCAAGAUGUUACAAGACUGAUACAAUAAAUGAGCACAGAAUUUGGGACAGUUCCAGUAAAAUCCUGUGAUGUAACAAAAAUAGAAUAUACCACUGUGUAGCUAAACUAAUAAUAAAUGUGAUACCACAAAAAUGUACAGCAAGAUGGGAAAAGAAGGGAACAAGUAGAAUGCUACCAUGGAAGUAUGAAAGAGAAAAUUUAUACAGCAGCUAAGAUGAGAAAUAUUACUGUUCUAAGAAUACAGAAAAGGGCACAGAGCUUGAAAAAUUCUUAAAACAAUAGAUGCGAUAACAGAAACAGGAUAUCAAAGCACAUCAGUAUUUAUUAUACACCCUUCUUAAUAAUAAAUUGAAAAUAACAGUACAAGCAGAAAAACUUAGAAGGUAUGCAGACAAAUGUAAAGGCAAAUACAGAACAAGCAAUUCAUUGAUAACCCCCCCCACCCGAAAAAAGAAGAUUUUAUAGAGAUUUGGAAAACAAGCUAAAAUCAGUUAACACCGCUUAAAGAAGAAAUCAGUACAUUUUGUUUGAACAUAAUAAAGAUGCAGAAUGGAUCAAAGAGCUAAAACAGUAAGAAGCUCUGAUAUAGUGAAUAUGAAAUGGGUGGAAGUAACCGACAAAAAAAAUGAGACCAAGUAAACAAAGGCCUCUAACUGGAAACCCCCAAAUCCAGAUGCAGUGCCUAACUUCCAGUUAACAGCAGUAACAAAGCUACAGAAGGAUUUUAGCCCCAUAUAAAAUGUACUUGUAUGUACAUCCAAAAUAGACACCAAACUGGGUUACCAGCCUGAGAAAAACACAGUCCUCCUUAAGAGUGAACCUGCAAGCCAUCCUAAGAACUGUAGAUCAAUAACUUGCCUUCCAACAAUAUAUAAAUGAUAUACUGGAAAUGAUGCAGUCUGAAUUUAUAGUCAUGUAGAAAAAAAGAAUUCAGUCACGCAAGUAGAGCAAAAUAUUGGGAAAAAGUCGUAUGGAACAAACAAGUCAUCUGUUGUUAAGUAUAGCCAUAGCAUCGAGCUGUAAAAACAGCCAGGAUCAACGUAUGUUGUGGAUAGCUUACAAAAAGCCUUCAACACCAUCCCGUAUUCACAGAUUGUGAAAUGCCUGCAAGUGGAGAAGAAAGUCCACAUCAAUCAGUUACGCUAAAGUGACUUUGAAACUGUGGCAAAUUACUGUACAGUUGUGUCAUGCUCUGGAGUAAAUUAUUAUCCCAGGGAUAAAAAUUCUAAGGGGGGUAUUUCAGGGUGAGCCUUUGUUGCCAUUGAUGUUUUGUCUUGCUUUUAUCUCAUUAAGCAGUUUACUUAACAUACUAGGUUACAGCUACAGCAUGGCCUUCAAAAAAACAAUGCUAUUCAAAGACAUCUCAUCUACUUUUUGUGAAUUUAAAAAUGUACAGCUCAAAUAAGAAUCUGAAAGCACAACUACAAAUGUUUAAAGAUGCAUAAAUAUCUGUGAAGUGUGAAUCAGCUUGCUGUUUCUGUUUUUACUUACAGAUUUGGCAUGCUUGACUGCCUCCAAAAAGUGUUGGAUCAGGUGAACAGGAAAGCAGCAAAACUACUUCAUGUUCAUCAAAUGAUAUGUAAAAAACAAUGCAUGACAAUUGUGUAUCCCCUGGGUCUGAAGGAUGUACAGGCCCCUUGAAAUUGAUAGUGUAUAGGAAAGGAUAAUAGGACUGCAUGCAUAUUUGUUGGCAUCAUCAGCUUCAAACAUAGUGAAAGUUCUAAAUCAUGAAGAAAAUCAGUUUAAGGUGUUUUAUUUACUCAGAUUGUAGAAAUAUUUCAGAAAGUGUGUAUGGAAAUCAAACCUGAAGUAGGCAAACAUGAGGUGGCAAAAGAAAGUGUCAAAGGAAAGAAAGAAUGUAAAGGUCAUAACUAGAAAAAAAUUUAAAGAAAACUAGGAAGCUUACAAUUAUAGUGGCAUGAAUAUUGAACUGAAACAACCACAUGUUGAUCAGGACUUGAUACUUGAAUGGCAAAAAAAUGUGAAUUUAAGCCAAAGGCUGAAAUAUUAAUGGUGGUAAUUCUUAAUAGUGCAUUUGGUGAAUGUUGGCUUACAAAGUCUAUAAUGUCUGUAAAAGAUAGUGGGAGAUGUGGAUAAAUGUAGGCUGUGUAGUACAAACAAGAAACAGUUUCCACCCUUGCUUCUGAUUGUAGUACACUCAUGGCUAAGGGCCUGUGUACUCAAAGAUACUGUAAUGCGGCAAGACCACUGGGAUUGUGCAAACUAUAAUUUACAAGUAAGUGACACAUAUUGGAAGGAAGCACAACAAAGAAUUAAUGAAAAUAAAGAAGUUGUAAUCAGACAGAAUUAUCCACAACCAAGAGUCAAGAAAGCUGAAGCAAGGAUACAUUUAAAUAUCUAAAGAUAGUGAUACCAUCCGGCAUACUGAGAUAUACAAAUUCAAAAAACUGCCAGGAUAUGCAAGCUGAAGCCAAAGCACUCUUCAACAAGGAAACACUGUUCCAGUUGUAGCAGGAGUAACAGAGGUAGUAGAAAAUAAAUUUCAAGCAUGCUUCAAUACAUGUAACUCCACAUAAACUGCAGAAGGAGGCAAUUAUUUGUACAUGCAGUUGGUGAGAGGAACAUUCUUGGCAAAAAUCUAAGAUUUUAACAACUAAUUUCACAAAUUUUAAUUUUAACGUGACUGCGGAAUUUAAUCUUUUCCCAUGGAGGUAUAAGAAACCCUAAACAUUUGGAUAAAAUAAAAAAGAGAAAAAGUACUUAAAAAAUAAAAGUCAACACCACGUAAAUUCCACACAAAAUGGAUGUUUAUUGAAACACAAUAAACAACACGAGUAAACGCUUUCACCUGUUUCAUACAAGCAUCAUCAGAGUCCUUGUUCUAGCAUUAACUCAAUAUAGUAACAAAACACCAAUCAAAACCAAGUAAUUACAGCCUGCCUACCUAGAAACAUAAAAAUGAAAUGUCAUUACUGUACUCACAAUGCAUAAAAACACUAAAAAAAUCUUGACAAUUCAUACAAAAAUAAACUUUAUUAAAUUAAUGCUGCCCUUAAUCUCAGUAUACUGGCCAUGGAACAAUGGUCAUUAAUACCUAGGGACACUGUGGCAUUGAGUCUUAAUUGCCGCAUUAUCUCCCUAGCCUCAAGUGUAGUUUUAGCAUUGCCCCCCCCAUCAUUGUGUUUAACCCUAUCGACGACAAAGAAGAAAAAUGUAUUAAAAUUUCCACAAAUUUCACUGUGACAAUAUAAUGCAUUAGUGGUUUUUCUAUUUCUAAUGUUCCUAACAUGUUCUGCCAUAUGGUCUCGUAACCGGCGGGUAGUUUUCCCUACAUAAAAUGCAGGGCAUGUACCACACACAGCAACAUAUACCACCAUUUUUGUGUUGCAGUUGGCACGUCCUGGGCAUUGUAUUGUCCAACCAUGACCUUCAGUGGUCAUAUAUGGGUCUUCAUGUAUAAAUCUACAGAACCUGCACAUACCACAUUUACUCAUAUGGGAGUAAUAACAUUUAUUAGAAAGCUCUUUAUUCAUGUCAAAAAUGUAUUUCAAGUUCCUCCCUCUGCUGUAGGUUACCAUGGGUUCUCACCCAACUUACUUUUCAAUUCACUGCUAAUAGUUGCAUCCCAGCAAUUAUUAAUAAGCAUUUUUAGUGCCUCAGAGUACCGGUUAAAGGGCAAAACAGUUUGUUCUUUCAUUUCCAUACCUGCACUCAUUAAUAAAAUCGGGGUGGAUAUAUCCUUCUGUUUUUUACGGAUUUCAUUUCUAGUCUUGGUUAAUAACCUAUUUGGGUAACCUCUGUUCAUAAAAAGUCCAAUCAACUUGGACAUUUCUGUCUGAAACACAAGGUCAUCACUCACUAAUCCGGAAAGGCAUACCAUCUGUCCCUUCACAACCCCUUUCUUUUGGUGAGGGAGAUGGCAACUAUCAAAUUGUAGGAGCAUAUUGGAGCAAGUCUCUUUCCUAUAAAUGGUGGAACAUAAUUCCCCCUUCAGGGUGUGCUUAUGUAACAGUAUGUCCAAGUAAUGUAUUUCAUUCAGGCCAACAUUAUAGGUAAAUCUUAAAAUAAAUCAGUUGCACCUGUUAGGUACAACACAAAAUCUCUGAUUGUAUUCUUUGUGCCACGCCACAAAACAAGGAUAUCAUCAAGAAAAUGUACCUAUAGGGCAACGUCCGUCAUGUAACUAGACUCAAAAACAAAUUUCCUUUCCCACUCGGCAAGCACAAGGUUUGCAUAUAUGGGGGAACACCUUGCCCCCAUUGCAACACCAGAUUUCUGUCUAAAGUAUUCCCCCUUGAAAUACAAAAAGUUGUUUAAGACUAUCUCCAUCAUCUCAACAAGUAGAUUUCUUAUGACGUUAUGAAUGCCCUCAACAUUUAAUAAGCUCUCACCAAAACACUCCAGACCGAUGUCAUGCAGAAUAACCAUAAAAAGGUUAAUCACAUCAAUUGUAGUAAACGUAUAUUCAUCCAUAAUAAUAUUGUCCCUAAACAACUCCAAGCAGUGCCAGGAGUCCUUCAGGAUGUGUGGUUUGGUGGAAAGUACUUUCUUGGUACACACAUCAGUAUAGGAAGACAAUUGUUCCGUCUUUGAGUUUCUAGCAGCGACAGUCGGUCUAAAUGGGGGGUUGUUGAUGUUUUUAUGAAUUUUCAGGAUUCCAAAUGUAGUGGGAAUCACCAGAAAAUCGACAAAUAAGUAAUCUAAUUCAUCUGCAUCUAGCACAUCCUGACAAAAUGAGUCAAAUAACCACUAGUUAAUGCUGGUAUAAGCCAUAUUAACUUCAUUUAAAGACACCCUUUCGUACAUAUUGCUGUCAUUCAAGAUGUCAUACAUUUUGCUAACAUAAUCAUUAUGUAACAUUAAAACCAUUCUACCACCCUUGUCGGGUUUCAUCACCUGGUAUUCUCUGGAUGCAAACCACAUUUUUAGGCAUGCUCUCUCAUUGAUGUUUAAAUUGUCAGAAAAAAAAACAGUUGGUUUACUAAUAUAUCUUCUUAAUUCAAAUUUACAUGUCUGUUCAAAAGUAUGUACCACAACAUUUUGUGGUGGUAUAAAGGUACUUUUUCUUUUCAACAUUUGGUUGUCACCUGUUUUCACAAUACCUUGUACAUUAAAAAACAAAGUCAAGUUCAAUUGUCUAGUAAAAAGCUUCAAACCUGUAAGUACCUUGGCAGUAUCUAAUCUGUAGGUAGGAACAUAAGAAAAAGCUUUACUUAAACUAAAAUGUCCAUCAGUUGUCACAUCUAUAAAAUUAUAGAUGGAAAAAAUCGCCUUUUACGCAUUUUACAGUCAAUAUUUCUUCAGCCAAAUUACCCACUAGAACCUGUGCAUUUAACGGUUCCUGUGGUAAUUGUCCUUCCUGCCUUGGUAGUUGGAGCCCUUCUACUGUUGUUUCUGUCUCCCAUAAGGGACAAAGCUCUUGGUUUUGAUCUGGAGAUGUUCUGACUGCCUCAAAGGGACUUGGUGAUCUAAAAAAUAAUCAUUGGUAUCACUAUAGUCACCAGCUUGGUCUACAGACAAAUUGCCAUUAUUAUGUCCAGAAUUGGAGACCCAAACAGCAUCCAUACAGCCAGUUUCUUUAGUGUUAGGUUCAGGAUACACUCUCUUCUCUUUGUAGUCAGUUGUAUCCCUUAAUAACUUUCUCUGUUUUCUAGCCAGCCCUUCAUCUACAAACUUAGAAAGAUCCGCAAAAAUUUUUUCAAAAGAACUUUUGUUACAGUAAAAUAAUGUCUUUAGUAAUGCUGUCAUUAAGUUCAGUUACUUCUUUUUGCAAUACUUUAAGCCUACAUUCAUUGUCAUGUAUAGUAAUAUGCAUUAACUGCAUACCUGUGUUGUCAAAAAGUUCCAAAAGUUCCUGAUGCAUAAUGGAAUCAUAGUUCACAGCUGUAAAACUCCAUAGAGGGAGACCUUUAGGAACCUGUUUAAGUUCCAGCAAACGUUUCAAAAACAUGUUAUUCAUUUGCAGGCUUCUAAGUUUCCUCACUAAUUUUUCUUCUUUUUCUUUGUUUUUUCAGCUUUUCCCGGUUAGGGGUCGCCACAGCGGAACUCCGGUCUGCUAA